GCCGGGUCCGCGCCCACUGUCUCCCCCUCCCCGCUCUCUUCUUCCGAUUCCCACUCCUUCCCCCGCCCGUCCAGCGCCGUCCGCCCGGGAGAGUUGACGGGAGCUCCCCGGGAGACUCAGGUGGUAAAGAUUUAUCCUGCUGGGAAGUAGAAGAGUACCUCAUUAAAAAAGAUGCCUCCCAAGUUCAAGCGCCACCUAAAUGAUGAUGAUGUCACAGGUUCUGUGAAAAGUGAAAGGAGAAAUCUUUUAGAAGAUGAUUCAGAUGAAGAAGAGGACUUUUUUCUAAGAGGACCAUCUGGACCAAGAUUUGGACCUAGAAAUGAUAAAAUUAAGCAUGUUCAGAAUCAGGUGGAUGAAGUCAUUGAUGUCAUGCAAGAAAAUAUUACAAAGGUAAUAGAAAGAGGGGAGAGACUAGAUGAACUACAGGACAAAUCAGAAAGCUUAUCGGAUAAUGCAACUGCUUUUAGCAACAGAUCCAAACAGCUUCGAAGGCAAAUGUGGUGGCGCGGAUGCAAAAUAAAAGCCAUCAUGGCUUUGGUUGCUGUUAUCCUUUUGUUAGUGAUUAUCAUUCUUAUAGUUGUGAAAUACCGUACUUGAUUUGAUGACAGAUCUUCAUUAAACAAAAUCUGGGACAAUAAUAAUAAAAGGUUGCUGCAUAAUUUAAAUGAAACCCAUGUAUAUAAAACUUUCACAGCUUCUUUUUCAAGAAAUUAAGAGGCAAGUAUCACUUCAAAUUGGAGCACUGAGAAUGUCCAGUUAUCUCCCUCCCUUCCAACAAAAUGUUGCUUUUAAUAAUUAUGUUUGAGGCAAAGAUAACCAGCCUUGAUUUUGCCAUAUUCCAAGGGUCUAAUUUGAAACUAGAUACUUGCCAAUUCACUAUUGUAUAUAUAGUUAAACACUGAUAAGGAUAUUUCAUACUGUUAUUUUAAUGGCAUAAGGACUUGUAUUUAUUGCAUCGAGGUGGGGAUCAGGCUGGUGGUCAAGGAGCCUCUGCAGAGUACCAAAUCAUCAUGCUGAAAGAUGAGUAUAACCAUUCCAUCGAGAUUUGCAAGAUUCUUCUCAAUUAACAAUUGCUUUGUAAGCAAUGUUCACAUGUUUAUAGAUGUAACAAAAGUUAAAUGUUGUAAAUGUUGCUGCCUUCAGCUAUAACU